AUGUCCCGAGAAGAGGGAGGGGAGGGAAACACCCAGCAGGAUUCCGAGAUCUGCGGAAUGUCCAACCACGAAAUAUCGUGUGACGAAUCCUCCGAAAACCGACCUGGAUCGGGCUUGAAAAGCCAGACGGUUUUGGCGGCGCCGGCCAGUUCGGACAAACACCCGCAAGAAGGGGACCAGCCAGCCGUCGACGCCGUCCAGGGGAGCCAUGGCAUCACGAACAACCUACCUGUAUGGUCGGAGGAGGAGAGGAGGAAGAAGAUCAACGAUCUCUUUACAAACCUACACUCCGUUCUGCCUCAUCUUUCGGCUGAUGUAAGGAAACUGACCGCAGCAACAGGCCUGCAUUUAGGGUUUCCUUUCUACUUCCCUCUCUGCCAGAUUUGAUCCUUGUCGUUUGUUUUCUAUCCUGAUUAAGUAUGAAUUAAUCUCGACUUUUCCCUUCUAUCUCGUCUGCAGGAUGAAUUUCUGACUGUCAUUGAAGAAUUCACAAUAUUUAGUAGAUCUCUCGAGGGCACUCUUGGGAGGCUCGAAAGGGAUAAGGAGAGAAUGGGAAAAACCGUCGUCAACGAGGGAUAUGCGAUGGAUUCUAAGGAAGCCUUGCUAUCUGGUCGGAGGAAGCAAUUUUCCGCGGCCAACUUCCCGCCGGAGAUUUUCAGUGCCCCGCUCAUGCAGGACUAUAAAUUUUGUUGGGCAUCGCCUAACGCCGUUUUGAGCGUGGCUGGCGACCACGCCCAUAUCAGCAUCUGUUCCGACAAGAGCCCUGGUCUUCUUUUCGGCAUAGCCAAGGUGCUAGAGGUGCACAACCUCGCCGUGGUCUCCCAGUACGUUUCGUCCGAUCCGUUCAAGGACGUUAUCAUGAUCCACAUCAAAGUAAGCCAUGCCUCCUCUUUGUCCUGCUCUCAUGUGCGAAGAACUUGGUUUGAUGGAAACCUCUGGCAUAAUUGAACAGGCAAACAUGGAUUACGGACAGUUGGUCGACACCCAAAUCACCGAACGAGUGUUCAAAUUGGCGAUGGACGAUAUAAUGCAAUGGAUUUCAUGA